AUGUCCCACAGCAUCGACUACUCUGACAAGGAGAAGGAGGGUGCCCCGGUCCCCGAGGCCUCCGCGGAGGUUGCGCUGGAUGAGGUGUAUGUCAAGCGCUUCGGGCGCUUCGGGCCUUUCCUGGCGAGGCUUUUCGCAAGCGGAGUGGAAGCGCGAGGCGUCGAGCGGGUGCCGGAGGACGAGCGGGAGACUCGGAAUCUGUGGAACAACUUGUUCAUGUGGUGGUCCGUCAACGCCGUCCUCACCACAAUCCCGAUUGGCACCCUCGGACAGACCUUCUUCUCCCUCUCCCUCCCCCAUGCCGUUGCAACCAUUAUGUGCUUCGCCGCGCUCGGUGCGCUCCCCACCGCGUUCAUCAGCACUCUGGGUCCCAAAACCGGCUUGAGGACUAUGAUCAUCACCCGGUUCAGUUCUGGUUACGUCGGCGGUACGAUCUACUCCAUCCUGAACAUCCUGACCCAGCUCGGUUUCUCCGUCACGGCAGUGAUACUCGGCGGCCAAACCCUCGCGUCAGUCAACCCAGGCACCCUACCGCUUGUCGUCGGCAUCAUCAUCAUUGGCAUUCUGUCGCUCAUCCCCUGCUUCGUGGGCUACAACUAUGUACACUACUACGAGAGGUAUGCGUGGAUAGUUGUCUUCCUGAUCAUCAUGUUCCUCUGGGGUCUGGGUGGCGCUGCCGGCUUCGUCAUCCUCAAGGACAUCGAGCCAUCCGGACGCGACCUCUCCGCCGGCAUCCUCAGCUUCGGAGGGAUUGUCUUCGGGUCUGUCACUGGGUGGGCGCCGAUCGCGGCCGACUACAACUGCAGACUGCCCCCCAAUAUCUCCAGCACGAAGAUCUUCCUCCUCACUUUCUUCGGGCUCUGGAUCCCCAUCUCGUUCGUGGAAAUUCUGGAGCCGCCCUACGUCGAGGCGUACGCAAACGGCAGCACCGGCGGUCUCAUCGCGCAGGUGUUCGCACCAUGGGGCGGCUUCGGAAAGUUCCUGCUCGUUCUGCUCGGGCUCUCCGUCGUUGCGAACAACAUUCCGAACACCUACAGCGCCGCGCUCGCGAUGCAGUCCUUGGGGCGCCCCUUCGCGCUCAUCCCGCGCUUCGUGUGGACGUUCCUCGCGUUCGUCAUCUACACCGUCGCCGGCGUCGCAGGGCGCGAACACUUCUCCGAGAUCCUAUCCAACUUCCUCAGCAUCCUCUCCUACUGGACCGCCUUCUUCGUUGUCGUCGUCGCCGAGGAGCACUUCAUCUUCCGCCGGCCGGGGGGCCCGCUCGGAGGUUACAACCUCGACGACUGGGACACGCCCGGCAGGCUCCCGCUGGGCUUCGCUGGCGUGCUUGCCGCUUGCUUUGGUGUCGCUGGCGCGGUCGUGGGCAUGGCGGAGGUGUGGUACACCGGCCCCCUGGGUCUCAAAGCAGGAGGCGAGGCGGGCACAGAUCUUGGCUUCGAGCUCGCUGCCAUCUUUGCUGCCGUCACAUUCCCACCACUGCGAUGGCUAGAGAUCCGGCUCACUGGUCGCUAG